AAUCUGCAGAUCUACCUGAAGGUGCUGAGAGUCAGUCAGUGUGUUCAACAGUGAUCUGAGAGAACGCUGAGAUGCUGAGGAUCCUCUUAACUGUGUUGGUGCUCUUUGGGCAUCAAAUUGCUGCAGAGGAUUUAGAACAAAAGGCGAUCAAUCUCUGUAAUGGGAUAGACUGUCCAGAGCCAGUACAAGUCAUUCAGGACAAGAAUUAUAAAGAGAUGCAAUAUAAACACGUCCAAUGGAUUGGAACAAAGGUUGAUGGAAUGGGUCUGCAGGAAGCAGAGGAGAUCGGAUUGAAAACGCUUCUCAGUUAUGCAGCUUUUCACAAUGCUGAAGAAACAAUUGUUCCUGUCACUGCCCCUUGGGGAAUUCGCGGAUACAUCGAAAAUGGAAUAAUUUUACAGAACCAUGAUGUCUUUGUGAAUGUAGUUCCUCAAGUCAAGAGUUUUCCUGCACCUACAGAUCCAAAGGUUAAAUUUGGAAACAUAUCUGCUGGUUGGUACUUUGUCAGGGCAGUGGAUGGGAAACUGGAGGAUAAACAAUAUGAAGAACAUGUGCUUGAAUUCCUGAAGGACUUGGAAGAGGACAACCAACCCUUUGAGCCAAGAUUUUUUGCUCUUAAUUUCUACAGCAGAAGUGGGCUAAUGGAAAUAGCUUUUGCUAAAACUUCCAAAUGAUUUCUUUUCUGUGAUGUUCUGUUACCUUUACAGACGUAUAAAAGUAAAAUGUGCUCAGCUCUGUCUUAAACUACUUUAAUCAUGUAUGAAGUACAUAUUGGCUUUAACCUGGAGGAGGGUGCAUUAUUGUGGUCUCCUUAUCCAAGAACGGAAUAGCUUACUGUUGGGAUUUGGCCUCUGUGUGGAAAGUUCUUGGCAGGGAAUAACCUUUUGGUGAGAGGGAAACAUUAAACACAAACCAAAAAGGAAGAUUGUCUUCCCUGGACUGACCUAUCCCCUCCCUCCCUCCCCACCUAUACUCUCCUCUCCACCUAUCUUCUUUUCUCUCCAUCUUCGGUCCACGUCCCCCUCUCUCCCUAUUUAUUCCAGAACCCUCUCCCCAUCCCCCUCUCUGAUGAAGGGCCAAGGCCCGAAACGUCAGCUUUUGUGCUCCUGAGAUGCUGCUUGGCCUGCUGUGUUCGUCCAGCUUCACACUUUGUUAUGUUUAAGGUGGAAUCAGGCAGCUGGGUUUGCUUUUCCAUCUAUUCCUGAACACCUGACAUUCUUUGAACUGUAUCUGUUUUCUCAGAAAGCACUUUGAUGUUUUCGCUUCAGUCAGUUUAACUUGAUCAUGCACACAAAACUCCCUUGCAGCUUCAACACUUCAACUUUAAUUUCCCAGUCUACUUCAACUCUUGUCACCACAGCUAUUUUCUGAAAGCCUCUCUACAGCUAAUGCUUAGCACACUGUUCUAGGAACCUCGUGAAACAGAUUCCUUUCUUGCACAUUUUCCGAAGGCAGUUUCCUUGAGCCAGACCAGAGGAUCUCAACACAGAUCUAAUACACACAAUCUGAAUUUCUCAUGGAAAAUCCACAGCACAUCUCUGCAUCCCUUAUAGAAAAUCUCUAAAUCCAUGACAAUGAACCAUCAACUGAUAAUGCUCCUGCCCAAGUGCUCCUAUUAACUCCUACCUUUCUCUCUCAGCAGGAGCUCCUCACACCCACAAUAUAGGCUGACCGACUGUGUGAUUGAAGAAAUGAUCUAUUUCAGUAUCAUUCCUGUUAACAGGCGGUUUAUUCACAGGUUUCCCAUGUGGAGGGAAGAAGCCAUUGUCUUCGAGCCAGUGUUUGUCUGUGUUUUUCUAAUUGCUGGGAAUAUUUCUCGCUGUGAAAUAAAGAGGGUGAUGAAUCACAA